CGCCAUUCUAUUUCCGGUUCCGAGCGACCCUCCUGAGGACGGAGGGGGAGAAGGCGGCGAUGGCGGCGCUCGGCAGGGUCUGGCGGCGGCUGGGAGCCGGGGCGGGCUGGAAGCGGGCUCUGUCGACGGCAGCGGCGCCGGAGAAGCACCAGGGGACCGAUCGUUUAUGGAAAAUCUUGUCUCUUGUGGUUGCUAUUCCUUCUGUUGCUAUCUGCCAGCUAAAUUGCUACCUGAAGAAAGAGGAUCAUCAUGAAAGGCCAGAAUUCAUUCCUUACAAGCAUCUUUACAUCCGGACCAAGCCCUUCCCUUGGGGUGAUGGGAACCAUACUUUUUUCCAUAAUCCACAUGUCAAUGCACUUCCAACUGGCUAUGAAGAGUGACCAUUAGGCAAGUGGACCACAGCCACAGCAUGGACCAUUAAAGGUAGCUGGACCAGAAUCAAGGCUGGGACCAUAAUCUGCAUUUCCUGUAUUGUUUGUUCUGACUUCUUACAGUCGAUGUUCUUCCUGUAGAAGUCUCCUGAAAUAAAAAAUAUUCUAGCCAAA